CCUCCAUUUGGGUCGUAUCGAAGCCACAGAGAGAAAAAACUGGAGGGGGAGCAAAGGGAUACUGGAAAGAGACGGCGCAAAGCAAAAUCGAAUGAACCGGUGAAAUAAGAAAAAAAAUUCUUGAUUUGUUUCUGAUUUAUCAUUAAUAAUAAUCUUGAAGAACAAAUCAAAUUUAAAUUUAAAUUUCUCUUUUGCAACGAUUGUUAUUGCAAGUUUUGGGUAUGUCGACGAGCUCUUCAUCAAAUGCUUUACUUUUCAUUUAAGGAAAAAAAGAGGAAUUAUUUCUGAAUAUUUGUUUGUUUUUAAUUUCUUUUAUCAUAUGAGCAUCUUAGGUUAAUAGUUUGGGCAGGAAUUUGACUUAAUCGAAUCAAUUACGGAAUUAUACAUUUUCUUUUGCAGUUGAAAUUGGGGGGCGAAAUUGGUGUGUUGAAGAAAGAAUAUAUCGUGAUUUUGAUUUGUUUAUUUAUAUGAUGAGAUUGUAGCUGAGGUUUUUUUAAGGUAAAUUUUUGAUGGAGGAAGAGGAGGAUAGGAUAUUGUUGAGUAGUUUAGGUGUUACGUCCGCAAAUCCUGAGGAUAUCGAACGGGAUGUAUUAGCCAAGGCGGAAAACAAUGCUUUGGAUGGUAGUGAAGUAGGAGGGAGCACUGAGGAGGAACCGGCCGAUAAGUUGGAAGGGAACAACCCAUCGUCGUCGGCCAAUCAGGUGAAACUCUUGAAUAAAUUGAGGGCUGUGGAAUUCGAAAUUGAUGCUGUUGCAUCCACUGUUGAAGAAAGGAAAGAUGUCACAAGUGGUGACCAUGAUGCGAAGGAUGAGCAUGUGGAGGAAGGGAAUAGAGAGGAUGAUGAUGAAAGUGCUAUGCAGUUACAUUCGCGUGAUUCAACCCUUCAACGUGCCUUAGCUACUGAUAGGCUAAAGAGUCUCAAAAACACUAAGGCCCAACUUGAGAAAGAACUGUCGGGGUUACUCAAAGAAAGUUCGUCCGAGGGUGUAAAGCAUGACAAGUUGAUAAAAGACCUGGUGAAGGAAGAGCCUAGGCUGAAAAGGAAGUCAAAAGAAAUCCAAAAGCCUAGCAAAACUAAACAAAAGCGGAAGAAAUCAGUUUCUUUUAAUGAUGAUGUUGAUUUUGAUGCAGUGUUGGAUGCAGCAUCUGCAGGAUUUGUGGAAACUGAAAGGGAUGAACUGGUGCGGAAGGGGAUAUUAACCCCUUUUCAUAAGCUUAAGGGAUUUGAGCGCCGUCUUCAACAGCCUGGUACAUCAAAUGAGCACAGUGUUCCUUAUGAAGAAGAUGAGAAAGAUGAUAUUGUUUCUGCUAGUGUUGCUAGAGUUGCAAAGUCGAUAUCAGAGGCUGCACAAGUUCGCCCAUCAACAAAACUACUUGAGCCUGAUGCUUUGCCAAAGCUUGAUGCACCCACCUUUCCUUUUCAAAGGCUAAAAAAGUCUUUAAAGUUUUCUCAGUCAAAAGAAGUAGAGGAGAAUAAAGGCUCAAAACGGAAAAAGAAGAGGCCUUUGCCUGACAAGAAAUGGAGAAAGCGGAUCUCUCGUGAGGAAAGAGAUAUGGAAGUGGGAGAUGUGAGGGAUAACUUGACUUCCCAUGAUGAAGAGGAAGACCAAGAGGGCUCGGAGGAUAUGGAUGAUAAUGACCCUGCUUAUGUAACACUUGAAGGCGGGCUAAAAAUCCCUGAAACCAUUUUUAGCAAGCUUUUUGACUAUCAGAAAGUGGGAGUACAGUGGAUGUGGGAACUACAUUGUCAAAGAGCAGGUGGGAUCAUUGGGGAUGAAAUGGGUCUUGGCAAGACUGUCCAGGUCUUGUCUUUUCUUGGAGCUUUGCACUUCAGUAACAUGUAUGAGCCAAGCAUUGUUGUCUGCCCUGUAACACUCUUACGACAAUGGAAAAGGGAGGCACGUAGAUGGUAUCCAAAAUUUCAUGUCGAGAUACUACAUGAUUCUGCUCAAGAUCCUGCUUACAAGAAGAAUCAAGCCAAAUCUAAUGAAGAAAGUGACUAUGAAAGUGAAGGAUCAGUGGACAGCGACUAUGAAGGGAACUUGUCUUCUAAAAGCAGCAAAAAAUGGGAUUCUUUGAUAAAUAGAGUUUUGCGGUCAAAAUCUGGGUUGUUGAUUACAACUUAUGAGCAACUCCGAGUGAUAGGGGAAAAGUUGCUUGACAUAGAAUGGGGUUAUGCAGUUUUGGAUGAAGGACAUCGAAUCCGAAAUCCAAAUGCUGAAAUCACUCUGGUUUGUAAACAGCUUCAAACAGUUCACCGUAUAAUAAUGACCGGUGCACCAAUUCAGAACAAGCUUAGUGAACUAUGGUCAUUAUUUGAUUUUGUUUUCCCUGGGAAGUUGGGUGUCUUACCUGUAUUUGAGGCAGAGUUUGCAGUCCCUAUAUCUGUUGGUGGAUAUGCCAAUGCUUCACCAUUACAGGUAUCAACAGCCUACAGAUGUGCUGUUGUCCUCCGUGAUUUGGUCAUGCCAUAUCUACUCCGGCGCGUGAAGGCUGAUGUGAAUGCCCAUCUGCCUAAAAAGGCAGAACAUGUACUUUUUUGUAGCCUUACUGCCGAACAAAGAUCUGUCUAUAGAGCAUUUCUUGCUAGCUCAGAUGUGGAACAAAUACUGGAUGGGGGUAGAAAUUCUCUUUAUGGAAUUGAUGUGAUGCGUAAGAUCUGUAACCAUCCUGAUCUGCUUGAGAGAGAACAUUCCUGCCAGAAUCCAGAUUACGGAAAUCCUGAACGGAGUGGGAAAAUGAAAGUGGUUGCCCAAGUUCUCCAGGUUUGGAAGGAUCAGGGCCAUCGUGUCCUUUUGUUUGCUCAAACACAGCAAAUGCUUGACAUUCUUGAAAACUUCUUAACUACAAGUGGCUAUUGCUAUCGACGAAUGGAUGGACAUACUCCCGUAAAACAGAGAAUGGCUUUAAUAGAUGAAUUCAACAACUCCGAUGAUAUAUUUAUUUUCAUUUUGACUACGAAAGUAGGUGGUUUAGGAACAAAUUUAACUGGAGCUAACAGGGUGAUCAUCUUUGACCCUGAUUGGAACCCGUCAACGGACAUGCAGGCAAGGGAGCGUGCUUGGCGUAUUGGUCAGAAAAGAGACGUAACUGUUUAUAGAUUGAUUACUCGUGGAACAAUCGAAGAGAAGGUGUACCAUCGGCAGAUUUACAAACAUUUUCUUACCAAUAAGAUACUGAAGAACCCUCAGCAGAGAAGAUUCUUUAAAGCUCGAGACAUGAAGGAUCUUUUCGUUCUGAAUGAUGAAGGAGAGAAUGGGUCGACCGAAACAUCUAAUAUUUUCAGUCAGUUGUCAGAAGAUGUAAAUAUCGUUGUUAUGCAGAAAGAUAAGCAGCAUAAGCAGGAACAUUUGAGAGCAGCUGGUUCUCAUUCUGAUCAUGGUGGUGGUAGAAACGGCAAUAGCUUAAACGGCAUUCAUUCAAAGAGGAAAGGAAAAGAAAAAGAUGAUCAUAGUGAUGGUGAAGUAGAUGAAGAAAAAAAUAUUUUGAGGAGCCUUUUUGAUGCCCAAGGAAUACAUAGUGCUGUGAACCAUGAUGCCAUAGUGAAUGCCAAUGAUGAAGAGAAGGUGAGGCUUGAGGAACAGGCUUCACAAGUGGCACAAAGAGCAGCGGAAGCAUUACGACAAUCACGAAUGCUUCGAAGCCAUGAUAGUAUUUCCGUUCCUACUUGGACUGGGAAAUCUGGAGCUGCCGGUGCACCGUCAGCAGUUCGAAAGAAAUUCGGCUCGGCUUUGAACGCUCAGUUAGUAAAACCCUCAGGUGAGUCAUCUAGUACCGGCAUAGCAGCUGGGGCUGCUGCUGGCAAGGCAUUAUCUUCAGCAGAAUUGCUAGCUCGAAUCCGCGGAAACCAAGAACAAGCCAUUGGUGCUGGACUUGAACAUCAGUUCGGAUCGGUUUCAAGUUCGUCGAACACCACAAGACCCUCCAUUAACAGGACUUCUAGGUCCUGGUCAUCUUCUAACGUAUCCAGCGUGCAGCCUGAGGUACUAAUACGUCAGAUAUGUACAUUCAUACAACAAAAAGGCGGCAGCACGGAUUCAGCCAGCAUCGUGGAUCAUUUCAAGGACCGAAUACCAUCAAACAAUCUGCCUUUGUUUAAGAAUCUAUUGAAGGAAAUUGCUAAACUAGAAAAAGAUCCGAACGGAUCACGUUGGGUUCUAAAGCCAGAGUAUCGGCAGCAAUAAUCUGUUUAUUCCGAGACUCGUUGCUUCGACAGCAUUCAUAACAAUUCAGUGUUCAUAAGCAGUUUGAACAUUCAUGUCUGGCAUCACGAUCGACGUGGUUGUGGCAGUAGUGUAUGCAAGUCCCAGGGGGAAAAUGAAGAGAGGAUGGAGUCAGCCUAUAAAUUUUUUGAUGCACUUAAUUUUUCACUACCACAAAUGUUUUUCACUGUAUAGAGUAAACCACAGUUUCUCCCCUGAGGUAUUUUGUUUUGCUAUUUAGCUGAUCCAAAAGGAAUUGUAGGUUUAUUUUUUAAUGUUUCGGCUUUUUCAUUUUUCUUAAAAUAUGUACGGCAUUUGUGUCUAAUGCAAAUCUGGACAUGAUUCUCAAAA